GUGGCUAGUGAUCGAGUGGCCCAGGUAGUUAGCCUCAUCAUGAAGAUCGUUUUUGCUGCAAUGUUGGGCUACUUGCUCCUUGGGUUGGCCCUGUCCCAUGCCAGCUGGGCAACUGCCGCAAAUGGAGUGAUUCCAACGUAUCCAGCAACGCAUCCAGUGGCCACUGCCAUUCCCCGCCUGGUUCCCGUGGCCACCAGCCAUCAGUUUGUCACUCGAAACUGGAAUCGCGUCAUCGUGCCUCCUACCACUGUGGCCACUUAUCCGAACACCUACGUCAAGUACACCGGAGGCUAUCCGCAUCCGUAUCCCGCCUACAAUUAUCCCUAUGCCUCCACCUAUCCGUACACCUAUCCCUACUACUAUCCCUCUUAUAACGUUGGAUAUGGCUACAAGGGUGUCUGGUGAUCGUUGUAUUACGAAAUGUGCCACGUACCUAUUUUCAAUAUAUUGUGAUAUUCGAUACCAAUGAAAUUGUAUAAUAUGUUUGUUAUUCUGCGGAAAUAUAUGACUAAUGUAAUCAAAAA